GAGCGCUGAGUGUGUAGAUUGUGAACGCCGAGUAUGCUGGUCAGCCUGACCUUAAUGUCAGUAUACUCCAGUCCAUCAAGAUAUACACACGGAACAGAACCUGUAGAUGCGUACAUGAAGAUGACUGACGCAAAUUUGGCUUCCGAGAUUGACGCAUUUUCCGGUAGUGAUGCAGUGUCAUCUCAUAUCAUAAUGGGGGAGGCGGGAUACGCAAAUGUCGAUGAAAACAAUGCCGAUGCCAACCAUGACGCAGCAAGUUUUGUUGACGCAUUUUGCCAGGAAGGUGUUGACGCAAACUUUGACGCAAAUUAUCGAUUCAUCACUUCUUUAGUCAACCACACUGUUCAAGAUACGGCCGACGAUAAUGAGAACGACGUUUCGGAGGAAAUGAAAAAUGAAACGGAGGAAAAAUCUGAAAUAAAUUCGGAGGAAACUUCGGAAGAGAAAUUUAAGGAAAAAUCAGAGGAAAAUUUGAAAGAAUCGAAUGAAAAGAUGAUUGAAAACUCGGAGGAAAAGAUGAGUGAAAACUCGGAGGAAAAUAUGAGUGACAACUCGGAGGAAAAGAUGAGUGAAAAUUCGGAGGAAAAGAUGAGUGACAACUCGGAGGAAAAGAUGAGUGAAAACUCGGAGGAAAAGAUGAGUGAAAACUCGGAGGAAAAGAUGAGUGAAAAUUCGAAGGAAAAUGGGGGUGAAAAUUCGAAGGAAAAUUUUGAGGAAAAUUCGGAGGGAAAAAAUGAAAUUAUUUCUAUGGUGGCUCACAUUGUCUCAGGGUGUACUGAGCUGAGCAAUCCUCCUGCCAGCUUCAUCAACCAUCAGGUGGUGGUGUGUCCUGAUUCAGGACUUAGCAGUGGUGUGGCACACAAUGUAGUUUUGUUCAAGGAACAGGAACUUGCUCUGGAACAGGAACAGGAUCAUGUACUGGAACAAGCUCUGGAACAGGAACAGGAACAUGUGAUGGAACAGGCUCUGGAACAGGAACAGAAACAUGUACUGGAACAGGCUCUGGAACAGGAACAGGAACAUGCACUGGAACAGGAACAGGCUCUGGAACAGGAACAGGAAAAUGCACUGGAACAGGAACAGGCUCCGGAACAGGAACGGGCUCUGGAACAGGACCAGGCUCUGGAACAGGAACAGGGGCAGGAACAUGCACUGGAAGAGGAACAGGAUCAGGAACAGGAACAGGCUCUAGAACAGGAACAGGAACCAGAACAGGCUCUGAAACAGGAACAUGCUUUGGAACAGAAACAGGAACAAAAACAAGAAAAGAACCAAGAACAGGAACAAGAACAGGAUCAGGAACAAGAAGAAGAAAAGGAAAAAGAACAGGAACUGGUUCGGGAACAAGAAAAAGAACAAGAACAAAAAACGGAACAAGAACUGACUCAGGAACAUGCAAAAGAACUGGAACAAGAAAAUGAGCAGACUCAAGAACUGGCCCAAGAACAAGAACAAGAAGUUGAAAAGGAACAAAGUCAAGAUCAAGAAAAGACACAAGUACAGGAGAAAGCACCAGAGCAAGAGAAGGAGGAGAAGGAGGAGAAAGAGGAGAAAAGGGAGAAUAUAAAAGAUGAAGAUGAUUAUGAAGAAAAGAAGGAAGUUGAUAAAAUACAUCAAAAUAACGAUAGGACUGAAAACCUAAAAGAAGAAUCUACAGUAACAGUGACAGCUGUACACACUACAGAGAAUCACGUGGAAACAGAUAACAAUACAGAAAUCAGCCAAGACGAAUAUGAUCCUUCUGGAAGCGAUUAUGACGAAUCUGAAGCAAUCCUAGCAUCGUGUACAUUAGCUGACAAUCGUCCUAUUGUCAUUCAAUCCUUGAGAUCAACGGAACCAACCCGAUCAGAAACCAAUGCAGAGGAAUGCACAGAUGCCGCGGAAUCAAGUUUACUCGUGAUUAAUGUAAAUCUGCCAAAUAAUAUUACAAACAUCAGGAAUAGCGGUAGCAGUACUUCCAUCAGUGUAUGUGGACAAGAACAGGAACAAGAACAAAAGCAAGAACAAGAGCAGAGACAAGAGCAGGAUGUUGAACAAGAAAAAGAGAAAGAAAACGGAUCAUCUUCACAUUCAUCUCCGAAUCAACAAGUGAGGUCAACCGGAUCCAAGUUUGUUACUUCAAUCACCAUCAAUUCUCAAGAAUUACAGGAGUCCUCCAUCUUGGAAGAGACCCAAACCAAACCAUUGCGCACACUGCAAAAUGUAACCAUGAUCAGCACUAGCUCUUUAUCAACAACAAGCACUUCUAUCACCUCUUCAACUAGUGUAAUCAGUUCCUCAGAUAAAUCAGUUGUUUCUAUCCAAUCAACUGAAACACAUCAAGUCACACAAAUAUCUGAGAGCGCAGAAAAAUCUGCGAUAAUUUCAGAGAAAUCCGCGAAUACUCCAGCACUUAGCAGUGAAGUGCAAAAAGAAAAUGCAAAGCAAAAUGUUGCAGAAAUUCCUGAAAUACCCAAGGAGCCAGUUUCCAACAAUAACGAAGCUUUGUCACCUGUGAAACCUGUUGAGGAAAAGAAAGUUGAGAAAGCACCUGAAAAGAAAGCCGAGAAAGCUGCGGAAGAAAAGAAAGCAGAAAAACCGGUUCCUUGUAAACAAAACAAGUUAUUUGAUUUUUUAUUUGCCUGCUUUAAGUGCAGGGGCGGCAAGGGGACCGGAGACAAGGAGUUUCAGGGAGUACAAGAAGAAAAUGGGAAAGAUAUCAAAAAAUAAAGUUUGAAAAUUAGAUUUAUAAAGGAUUUUAUCAUAUAAUAAAUUGUAUUUCAAUUGAAA